AACCCGAAGAAACUUCACAGCAGAACUACGCGUUUUGCCAACUUUCAGGAACCUCUCCUAGAACUCCGGAACAAUGGCAGCUGCAGCACCGCCGCCGCCGGCCGACUCCCACAUCCCCCUCUCGGAGCCCACCCCUUGCGGUCACGAGCUCUUCACUCGCAUCCGCCUUGCCACCGUGGAGGACGUCCCACACAUUCACAAGCUCACCCACCAGCUGGCUGUAUUCGAGAGCCUCACCCACCUCUUUCAAGCCACCCCGGCCACACUCGCCGCCACCCUAUUCCCCCCGAACGCGCCUCCUCCCUUCACUUCCGUCACAGUCUUGCUUCUCGAGCUCUCCACUUUGCCAUUUCCCCCAUCGGAGAAUCCACAUUUUACACCUUGGCACAAAUCCCUCCACCUUGACCUCCCCAUCGAUGACGACCCCGAAAAAGAAGCCUUCAGAAGCAACGCUGGUGAUGUUAACGAAGAUGUUACUGUUGGCGGGUUUGUACUGUUUUUUCCUAACUACGCCGCGUUUCUGGCGAAACCCGGGUUCUAUAUUGAUAACAUUUUUGUUAGGGAGUAUUGUAGGAGAAAGGGGCUGGGGAAACUGCUCUUGUGGGCGGUAGCGGAGCAGGCGGCAAAGAUGGGCUACGGGAGGGUGGACUGGGUGGUGCUGGAUUGGAACGUGAACGCCAUUACAUUUUACGAGGGGAUGGGAGCGAAGAUUUUGCCGGAAUUGAGGUUUUGUCGGCUGACGGGUGAAGCUCUUGAGGCUUAUGCUCACGUUAACCCUUGAUUUGAUUGUGUUGGAAUGAUCAUUUUGAAGAAACUCCUUUGUUGAUCUGAAGAGGAUUGUUUGAUGUUAAUGAUCGUUGUGCUUACUUCAAUGCAAAUAUAAUAUGUUUGAUGUGUGAGUUCUCUGCAAUUUACUACAA